GCCACUUCUAUCAUCCAUCCAGGAUGAUCACUACCAUAAUCCAAACCAUAACAAAGAAGAUUAUGAUCACGUUGGACGCACCGGAAUUCGAUAUUUUAUCAAGGAAUUCUGCGUGGAGUCAAAGAAGCUUUGGUACUUAGCCGCUCCCGCGAUCCUCACUUCCAUCUGCCAAUACUCACUCGGUGCCAUUACUCAAGUAUUUGCUGGCCAACUCGGAACUACCGAACUCGCUAUGGUUUCAGUCGAGAACUCCAUCAUCGCUGGGUUUGGUUAUGGCAUCAUGUGGGGCAUGGGAAGUGCACUAGAAACCCUUUGCGGGAUGGCAUUCGGAGCGGGUCACCUCGAGAUGCUUGGGAUCUACAUGCAAAGAUCGUGGGUCAUCCUCAAUGUCACUGCUCUGGGCCUGAUGUUCCUUUACAUCUUCGCGACGCCAGUGCUGAAAAUCAUGGGCGAGACAGACGAAAUCGCGAGGGAAGCCGGAAUGUUUUCGCUGUGGAUGAUUCCGCAGCUCUUCGCUUAUGCGAUGAACUACCCGCUCACGAAGUUUCUGCAGGCGCAGGGCAAGUUCAUGGCCAUGGCGGUGAUAUCGGGGUUCACGCUGAUGCUGCAUGCUGUCUUCAGUUGGCUUUUGAUGCUGAAGUUAGGGUGGGGAAUGGUGGGGGCAGCGGUUGUGCUGAAUUCGUCGUGGUGGUUCAUUGUGCUGGCUGAACUAGUUUAUAUUUUCUCUGGGGCAUGUGGUCGAGCUUGGACUGGAUUUUCAUGGAUGGCCUUCCAAAAUCUCUGGGGAUUUCUCAAGUUAUCUCUUGCAUCUGGCGCAAUGCUCGCCUUGGAAAUGUGGUACAUGAUGUCGCUAACUCUCUUUGCUGGAUACUUAACGGAUGCUCAAGUUAUGUCAGAUGCAUCCUCCAUAUGUGUAAACAUCAUGGGUUGGACAAUUAUGGCAGGAAAUGGAUUCAAUUCAUCCAUAAGUGUGCGGGUGUCAAAUGAAUUGGGCGCAGCCAACCCCAGAGCAGCCAAAUUCUCAGCAAUGGUGGUCGGAGUGACGUCCUCUCUGAUAGGUUUCUUCCUCCUGCUUGUUCUUGUCGCCACCGCAAAGCUGUACCCCUCCUUGUUUUCAACCGAUACCCAAGUCAAAGAGAUUGUAUACGAACUCACACCGUUGCUUGGACUCGCCAUUCUUGUUUACAAUUUUCAAUUAUCUCUCGCAGGGGUGGCCAUUGGGGCAGGGUGGCAAGCCUACGUCGCAUAUGUGAACCUAGGGUGUUACUAUUUUGUUGGGAUUCCAAUGUGUCUGCUUAUGGCAUUCAAGUUCAACAUGGGCAUUCAGGGAAUUUGGGGGGGAAUUCUGAUAGGAUCAAUUCUAGAGGCUUUCAUUCUCAUGUGGAUCAUAUACAGAACAAAUUGGGAUAAGGAGGCCUCUAUUGCUGGAGACAGGUUACAACACUGGGGUUAAAGGGCAGAUGACAUCUAUGUAAUUAAUUUUAGUGAUAGAGACCAAAAGCACAUGGAAAUAGUUUCAAGGAAUUAAGCAUAUAUAAAUUAAGAAGAUCCGAAAAAUUCACAAAUAAUGUCACAUCUGGACUGUGUAGGCAACGACUAAUUAGUACUAUUAAAUGUAUACCUCCAUUUGUUACGAUGUAAAAAUUCACUCAUAGAUACGUUUGUAUCUUGACAAAUCGAUUGCUUCGGCAGUCAAUUUGCCAGAGAGUGCAUGAUUCAGCAACGUAGAGGAAUAGCCUUACGAGGCGGUCCCAUAUAAUACAUGGGGAGAUCCCAGGAAUGAAAACUGAGGCAGAGUAUGCUUGGAAUCCAUAUCAGAACUAGAAGUCGCUCUGGAGUUGAUUUCUAAAUAAAUGUCAGACUUUUGUGUUUGUUAAUUCAGUAUCUCAAAAUUUGGGUCUGUAAUAAAUGAAAUUUAAUUAUGUAAUAAUCGUUCUCAAUUAUGGUAAUAAAGUUUAAUUAAAAUAA